AUGGCGUUCAUAAGCAAAUUAUUCUAUACCAAGAGCGAGACUGAGGUGGCUCAGCCCAUCAAGCACGAUGAGAAGUCUCAGGAGGUCAUCAUGAACCUUAUUGAGUCCGGCGUCCUGGACCGCGAGUCCAAGGUCCCCCGCCAGCAGUGCAAGAAGAUGCAAGAUUCUAAGUCCGACUUGGACCUGAAAUUUUACACAUUCGUUCUCGUCUGGUUGAUGGUUGUCCUGGGUCUGAUGGGCUUUUCGGCGGCCAUAGCCGGUACCCACGCCAUGGCCGUUAAUGGUGGCGCUCUUGAGAUCCCCCAGAUUGAGGCUCGCGAUGCCAGUACCGAUUCUACCACGUUCUCUUCCACUCUCGCUACCGAUUCUGUUUGCUCGCUUAACAGCACCAUCAGCUACAUGACCCCCUCGUCUGGUUUCCCCACUUCCAUCAGCACCACUACCACCGGGGGCAUUGCGGUCACUCCAAUCAUGUCAGAGCCGUCCAGCGCUUCGGGCCUUGCCACGACGGGCUUCACUGAGACAGAGACGAGCACCACGACCCUCCAGGUCAUCUCGUUGUCUUCUUCCAUCUCGGGCACUGAGACGAGUACUUCGGAUGCGGCCUGUGAUGCCACCCAGACUGUCACCGUAACUAUGACCGUGACCACCAUCUCGGACAACGACGCCCUGACCGGAAGCGAGUCGACAACCGCUAGUGACCAGAGCGCCACGACCACAUCCGACUCGACCGAUAUGACCACCUUCACCACAACCGACACCUUGACUGACAUUCUCACCGAGACGUCUCAUCACACCCGCACCACCACCGAGUACAUUACCAGCGGUUUCCUGACUACCACAGUCACCAUCGACCCCUCCUUAACCAGCACCAGUGUCAUCGUUGUCACCGGCACGAGUAUCGGUACCGGCAACCCAGUUCACAUCACCGGCACCGGCACCGCUGGCUCUGGCAGCCUCACCACGUCAACCGUCAACUCAACCUUCACGUACAGCCUGCCGACCGUCUCGCCCAUCACCGUCGGCAGCUCGGCCUCGUCGCCCCGCGUGGGCCGGUUGUCCCUGUUCACAUCGCCCUUCCCGCUGCUGACCACCAUCAGGAACCGGGCCGUCGGCUCUGCUAGUACCGGUGCAGCCGCUGAGGGUACUGCUGCGUCCACUGGCGCUGGCGGUGGCAGCCGCGGUGGUGGCAGCAACACUGGCGGGUUCUACUGUCUGGUGAUGGUUGUUGCUGCGUGCGCUUCGGCUAUUCUUAUGGCUUGA